UGUCUUCCUUUUCUUGUUCUUCUCGUUCUCCUUCCACCCACUUGGAGUUUAAUUUUCUACGACUUGCUUUUCGCUUUCGCUUUCGCUUUCUCGCCUAACAAUCGAUCCCCAUUUUUCCAGCUGCUGCUUUCGAGCUGUAGAAUAUCUUUAAAAUUUUGUUCAGUACAAGCCGGAGUAGCAGAAUUUGAUCAAAUUAGAAUAUUGCAAGGCGGAAAAGCUGCUUAUUAGUGGAGCGUCGUUUGUGCCGCUUUGCGGAAAGAUCGUCGCUCUUCUGGUGCGAAUGCUGAGAUUGAGUUCGGAGGAAAAAGUUUAGUUGCAAGAGAGAUGGUGGUGAGGAAAGUAGGGAAGUAUGAGGUGGGGAGGACCAUUGGCGAAGGAACUUUUGCCAAGGUUAAGUUCGCCCAGAACACGGAGACUGGUGAGAGCGUCGCCAUGAAAGUUCUCGAUCGCAAUACCAUUAUCAAGCACAAGAUGGUCGACCAGAUUAAGAGGGAGAUAUCUAUAAUGAAACUCGUCAGGCAUCCUUAUGUUGUUCGUCUUCAUGAGGUUCUAGCAAGCCGUACUAAGAUUUAUAUAAUCUUGGAGUACAUUACAGGUGGUGAAUUGUUUGAUAAAAUAGUUCGUCAUGGACGUCUUAGUGAAGCCGAAUCCCGUAGGUACUUUCAGCAGCUCAUUGAUGGCGUGGAUUUUUGCCACAGCAAGGGAGUCUACCAUAGAGACUUGAAGCCUGAAAAUCUUUUACUAGAUUCACAAGAAAAUAUAAAGAUAUCAGACUUUGGUCUGAGUGCGUUGCCUGAACAAGGAGUUAGCCUCCUUCGAACAACAUGCGGGACUCCCAACUAUGUAGCACCUGAGGUUCUCAGUCACAAGGGUUAUGAUGGUGCUGUGGCGGAUGUUUGGUCCUGUGGGGUCAUCCUUUAUGUUCUGAUGGCAGGAUACCUUCCCUUUGAUGAGCUUGAUCUCACCACGCUAUAUAGUAAGAUUGAGAAAGCAGAGUUUUCAUGUCCAUCUUGGUUUCCUGUUGGAGCAAAAUCCUUGAUUCAUAGAAUUUUAGACCCAAAUCCUCAAACUCGUAUAACUAUUGAACAGAUCAGGAAUGAUGAAUGGUUUAAGAAGUGUUAUGUUCCUGUCAGACUUCUUGAGUAUGAAGAUGUAAACCUUGAUGAUCUAAAUGCCCUUUUUGAUGAUUGCGAGGAACAAAGGGAUAAUGAGCAAUGCAGGAAUGAGGACAUGAGUCCUUUGAUUCUUAAUGCAUUUGACUUGAUAAUUCUAUCUCAAGGAUUAAACCUUGCAUCGCUGUUUGAUCGUGACCAGGACUCUACAAAGCAUCAGACACGCUUUCUUUCACAGAAGCCCGCAAAGGUCGUUUUAUCGAGUAUGGAAGUUGUUGCACAAUCAAUGGGGUUUAAGACUCACAUUCGCAACUUUAAGAUGAGAGUGGAAGGUUUGUCGGCAAAGCACCAGAGUCAUUUCUCAGUUAUUCUGGAAAUUUUUGAGGUUGCUCCGACAUUUUUAAUGAUUGAUAUUCAGAAAGCAGCUGGAGAUGCUAUUGAAUAUCUCCAGUUCUACAAGAACUUUCGUAGCAAUCUUGAGGAUAUCAUUUGGAAACCACCUAUUGAUUCAAGCAAAUCAAGGAUCACCAAGGCAAAGGGCAAGAAGCGUUGAUGUCGUUCCUGUUAAGUGUAACAAAGAUGAUGUUACGCAGUGUAAUCUGGGGGUUGAGAAAGAUGUUGUUGUUCCUAUAAGAACACAUCAGGAUUACAGCUUGCUCAGAUGCACCUCAAUCCCCCAUCCCCUCGCCCACCCCCACGAAAAAAAAAAACAGGGUAGAUUGAAAAAGAGAGGAAUUACAAAGAGGAUUAAGUGUAGUAAUUAUCUCAGUCGAUUUGUUGAUGAAAAUUAACGUUGUAGUUCUUUAAUUGCCGAACAUGGUGGUAAGUUCAGAACUUGUACGUUUAAGUUUUGACGCUUUUAUGAUAAAACGAUAACUGUUAAUUUU